AUGGGCGGCUCCCCUCCUUGCGGCAAUUCUGUUCGCUCUGUCAAGGAUUACCGCCGGCAAGCCGCGACAUCGCAGAGGUGGCCGACUAAGUCACCAAACCACCCUCCUAUAACCUUCACGCCUGACGACACCGCUGGGAUUCAUAUCCCCCAUAACGACCCCCUUCUUGUCGUCCUAGGAAUUGGAGAGUACGAUGUAACAAAAGUACUCAUCGACACCGGAAGCUCCGUCGACCUCAUUUUUCGAGGAACACUCCAAAUGAUGGGCGUCGACCUCAACGAUAUCAAGGCAUCAACCAGAACGUUAACCGGAUUCAACGGUUUUUCUGAAACAAUACUAGGAACGAUCCGUCUCCCAGUAUGUGCCUGCGGAGUUACUCGAAUGGUCAAAUUUGCUGUCGUAAGCACGAAGGCGCCUUACCAUGCGAUUCUUGGAACCCCAUGGAUACACUCGAUGCAGGCGGUCCCAUCCACCUUUCACCAGUGCAUCAAGUUUCCGGGAACAAACAGAACAAUUAAGACGUUACGAGGAGAUCAGCCGGCCGCACGAGACCUAUUGAUCACCACUAUUAAGCUCCAACGCUCUUCUCUGCCCGUCAACUCUAUCUCUCCCCCGAUCGCCAAAGUCUGUCCUCAGAAGGAGGAAGUUCUCGAGUUACCCAUCGACGCCACAUACCCAAGCAGGACCGCACGUAUCGGCGCAUAUCUAUCUGAUGAUAUGCAACAGUCGAUUCUUGACUUCCUCAAGAAGAACAUAUCUACAUUCGCAUGGUCCAUGUCGGAUAUGAAGGGAAUCGAUCCAGCUAUAACGAUGCAUGAACUUAACGUUGACCCCACCUUCAAGCCCAUCCGACAGAAGAGACGUAAGCUAGGUCCUGACAGGUCCAAGGCUGUAAACGAAGAAGUCGAGCGGUUACUCGGUGCCGGCUAA